GGAUGGGCUUUACAUUAGCAUUUAUAGGCAAGGUAGAUGAAAGUAGAGAUUUAGAAUAAUUGAAUGGCGUAUGCGUAUACGAAAGGAGGCUUGAGGUUUAGCUGGAUUGGUUCAGAGCAACGUGGUAGUAGCAGAGGAAGAAAAGGGUCUGUUGUUUCAUUGUUGAGCAAGGAGAAAGGAGGUGGUGGAUGUUGGAAUUUGGAUAAUAAAGGCAGCAACACCAUCUUGGUCUCCGAGAAGCUUGGAGAGGCAGGGCUUCAAGUGCUACGCGAAUGGGGAGACGUUGAAUGCGCCUACGACCUCUCACCCCAAGACUUGUGCUCCAAGAUCUCAGGUUGCGACGCUUUGAUUGUCAGGAGCGGCACCAAGGUCACAAGAGAGGUGUUCCAAGCUUCCCAAGGAAGAUUGAAGGUUGUUGGGAGAGCUGGUGUGGGCAUCGAUAACGUCGAUCUCCACGCUGCCACUGAGUUUGGCUGCAUCGUCGUCAAUGCACCCACCUCCAACACCAUCGCUGCUGCAGAACAUGCCAUCGCACUCCUUGCCACCAUGGCUAGAAACGUUGCCAUGGCUGAUGCCUCCAUCAAAGCUGGAAAAUGGCAAAGAAACAAGUACGUUGGUGUUUCUAUGGUGGGAAAGACAUUGGCGAUCAUAGGAUUUGGAAAAGUGGGAUCUCAAGUGGCACGACGUGCGAAAGCGUUGGGAAUGAAUGUGGUUGUGCAUGAUCCUUAUGCCUCUGCGGAUAGAGUCCAUGCUAUCGGCGUUCAUUUGCUGUCUUUUGAUGAGGCCAUCUCCAGUGCAGAUUUCAUCUCUCUCCACAUGCCACUCACUCCAUCCACCAAAAAGAUAUUGAACCACACCACUUUUGCAAAGAUGAAGAAAGGUGUGCGCAUCAUCAACGUGGCCAGAGGCGGAGUCAUUCACGAAGAUGACUUGGUAAAGGCCCUUGAUGAUGGAAUAGUUGCUCAGGCUGCACUUGAUGUGUUCACGGAGGAGCCCCCUCCCAAAGAUAGUAAGCUAGUGCAGCACGAGAAAGUGACAGUUACACCUCACCUUGGAGCUAGCACAAAAGAGGCACAAGAAGGUGUAGCCAUUGAAAUAGCAGAGGCUGUGGUGAAAGCGUUGAAGGGGGAACUUUCAGCGACCGCUGUCAAUGCUCCCGCGGUUUCACCUCAGGUGGUGUUAGAACUGGGUCCAUAUGUUGUGCUGGCUGAGAAGCUGGGGCGGGUAGCUGUGCAGUUGGUGUCUGGAGGAAGUGGAAUAAAGAAUGUUAAGUUGGUUUAUAGAUCAGGAAGAGGGGCAGAUGAUCUUGACACUAGACUUGUGAGAGCCAUGAUCACAAAAGGCAUCACUGAACCAAUAUCCGGUAAAGCCAUCAACUUUGUAAAUGCAGAUUUCAUUGCCAAGGAGAAGGGGCUCCACAUAAGUGAGGAGAGAAUAGUUGUUGAUUCAUCUCCGGAGCAUCCUCUUGAUUCAAUCCAGCUAGAGAUAUCAAAUGUGGAGUCAAAAUUUGCGAGUGCUGAAUCAGAGGGUGGUGACAUAAGCAUAGUGGGAAAAGUGAAGUACGGUACCCCCCACCUGACAUGUGUGGGAUCCUUUGAUGUGGAUGUGAGCUUAGAAGGGAACCUAAUACUGUACCGGCAGUUGGAUCAGCCUGGUAUGAUUGGGUUGGUUGGAAGUAUAUUGGGUCAACAUAACGUGAAUGUUAGCUUUAUGAGCGUGGGAAGGACAUCUCGGAGAAAGGUGGCUGUUGUGGCUAUUGGUGUCGAUGAAGAACCAAACAAGGAAGCUCUUCACGACAUAGGAGCUCUGCCUUCUAUCCAAGAGUUUGUCUUUCUCAAACUCUAGUUGCAAUUGCCUCACCAUGCAUCAGUACUUUGGAUGCUAGCUAGAAAACCUAUUUGUCACCUAAUCAGAGGUUAAAUAUAUAUAUAUAUAUAUAUAUAUAGGCAACAAUAGAGAGACACAAAUAAAUCAUUAAUUUUAAUUAGGUCGUUGAAAUGGUGAUCUAUCCAAAUAUUAUUGUCAGUGUGUGCUUCUCCGUUGGCUUUGCAACAAGUUUUGCCAUAGUCAGGGUCAAGGUUCGGCUAUUUGCUUAAUAAA